ACCAAGUGGAGAGUUGGUGUUCAUUAUCUUUUCGUAUUAGAUGGUUGAUUGUGGUGGUUAGAGGCAUAUGAUUCCUCAUGAAUCUUGCUACUUUGGCUGCAGAUAUGAGCUCGUCAUUUCAAAACUACCAACAUGACAGUAACUAUCUUCAGAAUAGCAUCAAUGAUCUGAACGCGAGUGACAUUUCUGCUACUGAAAUUAUGGAAGCAACAAAUGGAAAUCAAAAUCAGACGACAGUGGGAAAACUAAUGGAAGCUUAUGAAGAGUGCACUUCUAGUUUACGGAAGUCCCAAUCUCAUCGACGGGCCUUGUCUUUGAAGAAAAUUUCCCCAGCAAACUUUACAAAAGAGGCACGACUUCAGGUUCCUGAAGUGGUCCUCCAGCAGAUAUUUUCGCUGAACAAACUUGAUGUGGAGCUAUACAAGUAUGCAGAAGACAUAUUUCAACAGCAAAGGAAGAAUCUUAUGCAGAAGUCAGUAGAAGUGGACACCUUCAGCAGUUCAUUUGGAGCCCCUCUUUGGAAGGUUUUAUCAUUAGGCAUGACGGUUCUCUUACUCGUUGUGCUUCUAUUUCUCCUUUUAAAUGCAAGAAGAAGAAGGUCAAAAGUCAAAGUAUAAAUGUGGUCUAAAUACAAAGUGCAGGAAUGCAGAAAGCAAUUUUUAGGUGAUGCAUAGAAGAAAUGUAUAUCGUUGGUUUCCAGCAGUAUGCAGCAUGUCAUCACCCAGAACUUCUGGGGCAUUGAUAUCUCGUCAUGGCUGAAGACAGAAACUGACCAAUUUCUGUAAAUAUGGCCAUCUGUUGAUUAAAAGAGGGAGAGGUGUCAUGAUCUGUGGGUGACUUCCACCACCUGCUGUGUUUUUAUCAUUUUUCAGGUGGCACAUCUCUGUCACGCUGUGUAAAUUAAGAGUUGCUGAUGAAGAGGCUGAACUGUAGGAAGGAAGAAGUUUCAAGUAGCAGACCUUAAAGCUAUUCACCUGUGAGCUUUAUUUCUUCUUAGAGAAUAUUUUGCUUGGGGGGAGAGUGGAAAAGGUUUCUUCUGCACAUUACACUGAGAAUUUGGGACGGUUGAUAUUUUGCUGAUGUUAAUUCAUUUACAAAGGUGUAAAAGGAGGAGGUAGGUUGUAAUUGGUGAUAGAAUCUCAAAUUUCAUAGACUUGAUUGUUAUUUAGAUAGUGGCCUCCCAAGGUGGGUGAUUUAACAACUACCUCAAUGGAUGCAAACAUCUGGUUGUGUUGCCAUAAGGCUGAAGUAUGAGGUUUUUGUUA